CUGGCGGGCUCCGCUCCCCGCCCCUCCAGGAUGGCAGUGCGGAAGCGGAAGAGGCUGCAGGGCGGAGAAGGCGCUCUUUAGUCCACCGGGUCCCGGGGUCGGGCCGCGGCCGUGAUGCCGAGUCCCCGGAGGAGCGUGGAGGGGCGGCUGCUGGGCCCUAACAGCAAGGGCAGCGGCAGCAGCAGGUUCGAAUUCCAGUCCCUGCUCAGCAGCCGCGCCCCAGGCAAGGACCCCACCAGCGCCCGGCUCCGCGCUUCCGAGAGCCCGGUGCACCGCCGGGGCUCUUUCCCCCUGGCAGCAGCCGGCCCCUUGCAGGCGCCCUCGGCCCCGCUGCCCGAGGAGGACCGCAUGGACCUGAACCCGUCCUUCCUGGGCAUCGCCCUGCGCUCCCUACUGGCCAUCGACCUGUGGCUGUCCAAGAAACUGGGGGUGUGCGCGGUGGAAAGCUCAUCCUGGGGCAGCGUGCGGCCUCUGAUGAAGCUACUGGAAAUCUCGGGACAUGGCAUCCCUUGGCUGCUGGGCACCCUCUACUGCCUGUCCAAGAGCGACAGCUGGGCCGGUCGAGAGGUGCUGAUGAACCUGCUCUUCGCCUUGCUGUUGGACCUGCUGCUGGUGGCUCUGAUCAAAGGGCUGGUCCGCAGGCGCCGCCCGGCUCACAACCAGAUGGACAUGUUUGUCACCCUCUCAGUGGACAAAUACUCUUUUCCCUCGGGCCAUGCCACCAGGGCUGCCCUGGUAUCUCGGUUCAUCCUGAACCACUUGGUGCUGGCCAUUCCACUGAGGGUGCUGGUGGUACUGUGGGCCUUCAUCUUGGGCCUUUCCAGGGUCAUGCUGGGGCGGCACAAUGUCACCGACGUGGCUUUCGGCUUUUUGCUGGGCUACAUGCAGUACAGCAUCGUGGACUACUGCUGGCUCUCACCCCACAGUGUUCCAGUCCUCUUUGUGCUAUGGAAUCAACAGUGACACCAUCUUUAAGGCAUCAGGAAGUCUGAAGGUUUCCACACUGGAGAACGCCAACCUUAACCAGCAGCCAUCAGCUUGCCCCUCUUAAGACAUUUCAGAUUUCCUUUGGGAUUUUAGGUGUCCCACCAUCUUGUGUUGCUAGGCUUGGAGCACGUGCUGGCCAUUACUGAACACAGCCAUAUUAGGAAGGAAAACAAGAAUCUCUUAUUUGUUUAUUUAUUCAACGGUGAUUUAUAUUUCCAUGACAACUGUAAAGAAACCAAGCUGGGGUAGUUACUGUGGCUGUUUUUUAAAAGUUAACAUCAGUCAGAUUUGUGUUUUGUAGUAAUCCCAUAAGUCACCAUAUCACUUGUAUAUUGAAUUUUGAGGAAGAGACAGCUUCAUUCUGUAAAUGUACAUGCAGAUAAACCAAGUAGUAAUUCUAGUCCUCUUCCUGAGGUAGAUUAUAAUCAGUACUUUAAAAGUGUAAGGCAUAGGUUUUUCUAGUUUAUUCCCUGAAGAUCUGUUGCCACAGUUGGGGAGAUUUCAUCUUAAUCCUGAUUUUCUUGCAUUCAGAGAAUAAGCCAAGAAUUAAAGAAGAACUACUUCAAAGGUGAGCGUGCCCAUAGACAAGGAAGGAUGAGACUAUAGCUUCACGCUUAAUUCUGCUGACCACCAGUAACAUGCCGUAACAUAGGGCAGAGAUGCCAAGUUGCUGGGGAGUCAGAGGACCUGAGAGUUUGGAUAGGCUGACCACAUAUUAUGUCUGUGACCAGGACGGCAGAAAGUGGGGCCCUGCUUCCUGUCAUCUCUAUGAAAUAAAGGAUAAUGCUCCUAUAUCAAGGAGAUUAAAUGAAAAAAAAA